GCUCGCGUCUUGUGCUUGUGUGAGGUCCGGGUGGGCGGCUGUGACCCCAUGGCGGACCCCCGGGAGGAAUCGGAGCCGCUUCUGAGCCGGACCCGCGGCGCCAGUGGCCGCGAUUCCCCGGCGGGCGUACCCUCCUGUCACAGCGUCCAAGUCGGCCCUGGUGCCGUGGCCGGGCGGGAUCUGUGCUUGGACCAGGCUGUGGUCUUCAUCGAAGAUGCCAUCCAGUAUCGCUCCAUCAACCACCGCGUGGACGCCAGGUCUCUGUGGCUGUACCGACGGUACUACUCCAGCAUGAGCCAGUGGAUUCUGAGCUUCACCAUUUUCUUGAUCCUGGCUUUGGCUUUUGUUGAGACGCCCUCCUCACUCACCAGCACCUCUGAUGUGCGCUACCGCUCGGCCCCCUGGGAGCCGCCCUGCGGCCUGACCGAGGGCGUCGAGGCGCUCUGCCUGCUGGUCUUCGCGGCCGACGUCUCCGUGAAGAGCUACCUGGUGGGGUGGGCCCAGUUCCGGAAGAACCCCUGGCUGCUGGCCUACCUCGUGGUGCUGCUUGCGUCUCUCGUGGACUGGAUCGUGUCGCUGAGCCUUAUUUGUCAGGAGCCCGUGCGGGUGCGCCGGCUCCUGCGCCCCUUCUUCCUGAUGCAGAACUCCUCCAUGAUGAAGAAGGCGCUCAAGUGCAUCAGGUGGUCGCUGCCAGAGAUGGCCAGCGUUGGGCUGCUGCUGGCCGUCCACCUGUGCCUCUUCACCAUGCUUGGGAUGCUGCUCUUCCCCGGCGGGAAGGACGACAGGCAGGACAGGGAGCGGCUGACCUACUUCCGCCACCUGCCCGAGGCUCUGACCUCCCUCCUGGUGCUGCUGACCACCGCCAACAACCCGGAUGUGAUGAUUCCCGCCUAUUCCAAGAACCGGCUCUACGCCAUCUUCUUCAUAGCCUUCACCCUGAUAGGGAGCUUGUUUUUGAUGAACCUGCUGACGGCCAUCAUCUACAAUCAGUUCCGGGGCUACCUGAUGAAGUCCCUGCAGACCUCACUGUUGCGGAGACGCCUGGGGACCCGGGCUGCCUACAAGGUCCUCUCGUCCGUGGCAGCAGAGGGAGAAGCCCGCCCCGAGGGAGUCGGGGUGAAGCCCCAGGACGUCCUGCAGGUGCUUCAGAGAGUCCAGCUGGACAGUGGCCACAAACAGGCCAUCACGGAGAAGCUGCAUUCCCGCAGUGGGGACCUGCUGUCAGCUGACGAGUUUCAGAAACUCUUCGAUGAGUUUGACAAAAGGGUGAUUAAGGAGCACCCGCCGCGGCCCGAGUACCGGUCUCCGUUUCUGCAGAGCGCCCAGUUCCUCUUCGGCCACCACUACUUUGACUACCUGGGCAACCUCAUGGCGCUUGGAAACCUCGUGACCAUCUGUGUGUUCCUGGUGUUGGAUGCAGAUGUGCUGCCCGAGGACCGUGAUGACUCCGUGCUGGGGAUUCUCAACUGCGUCUUCAUCCUGUACUACCUGCUGGAGAUGUUGCUCAAGGUGUUCGCUCUGGGCCUGCAGGGGUACCUGGUCUCCUCCAGCAACGUGUGCGACGGGCUCCUCGCCAUCGUCCUGCUGGUUUUGGAGAUCUCAACUCUGGCUGUGUACUGCUUCCCACACCCGGGCUGGAAGCCGGAGAUGCGGGGCCUGCUGUCGCUGUGGGACAUGACCCGGCUGGUGAACAUGCUCAUAGCCUUCCGCUUCCUGCGCGUCAUUCCCAGCAUGGAGCUGAUGGCCGUGGUGGCUAGUACCAUCCUGGACCUGAUCAAAAACAUGCGGGCUUUCGGCGGGAUCCUGGCGGUGGUCUACUACAUCUUUGCCGUCAUCGGCAUCAUCCUGUUCCGAGGUGUCAUCGUGGCUCCCGGAAACAGCAGCCUGGCCCCUGACAACGGCUCCGCGCCCUGCGGCAGCUUCGAGCAGCUAGAGUACUGGACCAACAACUUCGACGACUUUGCCGCCGCCCUGGUCACUCUGUGGGACGUGAUGGUCGUGAACAACUGGCAGGUGUUCCUGGACGCCUUCCGGCGCUACGCGGGCCCGUGGUCCAAGAUCUAUUUUGUGCUGUGGUGGCUGGUGUCGUCCGUCAUCUGGGUCAACCUGUUCCUGGCUCUGAUUCUGGAGAACUUCCUUCACAAGUGGGACCGCCGCAGUCACCUGCAGUCCCUCACAGGGGACCUAGAGGCCACCUCUGAGGUGACCGUGGAGCUCUUGUUCAGGGAUGUCCUGGAGGAGCCCACGGAGGAGGAGCUGAUAGAGAAGCUGAGCCACCACCCGCACCUGCAGCUGUGCAGGUGACGUCCAGACGCCUUCCUGGCUGGGGCGGCGGCAGGUGAUGCGGCCUCGGGAUGGGCGCCGGCCGGGGGAGGAGGCGGCCGCGGCCCACCGGAGAGGCUUUUCCCUUGGACAGAACCACCGUGCACGCCCACGCUGGGACACACGCAGGCCCUGGUUUGCAGCCGAGCUGGACCACCUCCGCGGCCCCUCGGGCGCCGUCCACGCCGCUUUCUUUUAUAAGUCGCUUCCCUGAGACUUAUUUUUCUAAAUAUGGAGAAGAGGGUGACUCCACAGGGGCCUUUGAGACAGUGUGAAAGGGAGAUGCAGCGGCCCUCCCCUUGUGCCCUGCGAUUUCCGUGGUGCCUUCACUGCUGGUGGCCUUCAGGGACCAGAGGCCCACGUGAGGCCCGCACAGGCCCACCGGCAGCUUUCCAGGGCAUUAAGCUUGGGAUCCUGGUUUUACAUGAUAAGAAUCUGGACUGCGUUUUAUUAUUUUAUGGCUCGUGUGAGUGUGAUUGGGUGCGUUUCUUUAUGGGUGAGAAUGCCAAUCAUCUUCAUCAAUAAGUCUUGCAAACAACGAGGUUGUCAUCCUUAUUCCGACACGACUGUGCUUCUCUGGAACGGGGCCACCGGGUCUCAGCCUGUCAGGAGCCAGUGCUGUGGCUGGACCAGUGCCUGUGGUUCGUACUGUGUUAGCAAGAUGCCUUUCAGCAACCACCGUCAGGAAACUUUGAAAAAAUAAAGGUUUAUUACUUACAAGACCUGGAAAUUACAUAGUACACCUGGGGCCACACAGUGAGGUCUCGGGUAGAGAGAGAGAGAGUGUGGGCCUGGGGUUAUGCUUUUGUUGGGAUCCAGGUUUUCAGGGGCUCACUCUUUAUUGGUGAAUUUAAAAGAUAAGAGCAGGAAUUUAAAGCCAAGGAAGAAAACAAAAGUGGUCCAAAUGGUCAGUUAUCAAAAUCAACCAAGAUUUCUAAAAUAAAGGAGCCUCAGUGGAGGAAGGUGGCCUGGCUCUUUAUCUCAUCGAGCGGCUGCCAAUGUGUUUAUUUGAGAUAGCCGUGUGUGAAGUGGACGCCUCUGCAAUCAAAGCUUAAGACAGGUACUUGCAUUACAGAAAAGAAGAAAACAACUGUCGGGGCUUAACACUACCCCAGGUGUGGUUGUAUAGGUUGUGCACUGCACAAGGGUACCUGGCUGCAAGGGUGUGU